CGCUAGCCUGAACCGAACCAAACCUCUAGCAAAAGAAACGAUCCAAAAGAGGACCGAAAACCACAAAAGGCCUCUCUCCUUUCACUUUUCACGGUCACUAUCGCUGCUACAAAAUGUUCAGAGCUCUCUAUCUCCGACGUUCCCUUCAAUAUCUCCACCACCAUCCCUCCAAAGCUCUCGCCGCUGCAUCAAACUCCGCCGCCUCUUUAAAACACCCAUUUAACCCAAUACGUGCAUUGUCAACAUCCACACAAUCUUCUACUGCUUCAGAUGCUGAGCUUCGCAAGUACCUUGGCUACACAGCGCUUCUCCUCUUCUGUGGAGCCGCCACAUACUACUCCUUCCCUUUCUCUGAAAGCGCCAAACACAAAAAAGCCCAAAUUUUCCGUUACGCUCCGUUACCAGAGGAUCUUCACACUGUCUCCAAUUGGAGUGGUACCCACGAGGUCCAGACUCGAGCCUUCCAUCAGCCUGAGAAUCUUAAACAACUUGAGGACUUGGUCAAGGAAUCCAAUGAGAAGAAAGCCAAGAUCCGACCCGUUGGGUCCGGACUAUCACCAAAUGGCAUUGGGUUGGCCCGGGCUGGGAUGGUUAAUUUGGCGUUGAUGGAUAAAGUUUUGGAGGUGGAUAAGGAGAAAAAGAGGGUUAGAGUGCAAGCUGGGAUUAGAGUUCAGGAAUUAGUUGAUGGGAUAAAAGAUUAUGGUAUUACUCUACAGAAUUUUGCUUCUAUUAGAGAGCAACAGAUUGGUGGCAUUAUUCAGGUUGGUGCACAUGGUACUGGUGCAAGAUUGCCACCUAUUGAUGAGCAGGUCAUCAGCAUGAAACUGGUUACUCCUGCUAAAGGAACAAUAGAGAUUUCAAAAGAGAAAGAUCCAGAGCUAUUUUAUUUAGCUCGUUGCGGGCUUGGGGGGCUGGGAGUGGUUGCUGAAGUCACCUUACAAUGUGUUGAGAGACAAGAGCUUGUGGAGCAUACAUACAUCUCCAACAUGAAAGACAUCAAGAAGAACCACAAGAAACUGUUAUCUGAGAAUAAGCAUGUGAAAUACUUAUAUAUCCCAUACACUGACAGUGUUGUGAUAGUGACAUGCAACCCUAUUUCAAAAUGGAAAGGUCCACCCAAAUUCAAACCCAAAUAUAGUAAAGAUGAGGCCAUAGAGCAUGUCCGUGACCUUUACAAGGAGUCCCUCAAAAAGUACAGGACUGGAGAAAUUGCAGCUAAAGCUGUGGACAAGGAUGAAACAAACAUAAAUGAACUUUCAUUCACUGAGCUAAGAGAUAAAUUGCUUGCUCUUGAUCCUCUCAACAAAGACCACGUCAUAAAGGUUAAUCAGGCUGAGGCUGAAUUCUGGAAGAAGUCAGAAGGAUACAGAGUGGGUUGGAGUGAUGAGAUUCUGGGUUUUGAUUGUGGUGGGCAGCAGUGGGUAUCAGAAACUUGUUUUCCUGCUGGUACCCUCUCCAAGCCAAGCAUGAAAGACCUCGAAUACAUAGAAGAGCUGAAGCAGCUCAUAGACAAAGAAGAUAUACCUGCACCUGCUCCUAUAGAGCAGCGCUGGACAGCUUGCAGCCAAAGUCCCAUGAGUCCAGCUUCAAGCUCAGCCAAAGAUGAUAUAUUCUCGUGGGUUGGUAUAAUCAUGUAUCUUCCUACAAUGGAUGCUCGCCAAAGAAAGGAAAUCACAGAAGAAUUCUUCCACUACAGGCAGCUAACUCAGAAACAGUUGUGGGACAAGUAUUACUGUUUUGAACAUUGGGCCAAGAUUGAGGUUCCGAAGGACAUGGAAGAGCUUGCAUCUCUACAAGCUAGACUAAGAAAGCGUUUUCCCGUGGAUGCAUAUAAUAAGGCACGCAAAGAAUUGGACCCCAACAGAAUCCUUUCUAAUAAUGUGCUGGAAAAGCUAUUCCCGUUAUCAGAGGACAUUUGAAAAGCAUUAAUUUUGAUUGGUUGGCCAUUUGUUUCUUUCUUAUUAAUUUUAAAUACAUGUUUCUUGUUAUGCUUUUGAUAUUCUGCUGGUAUUGCUUCAGUCUAUGUUCCUGUACAUUAAUUUGAAGGAACUGGCCAUAAAAGGAUAACGUGUAGUCGUUAACUGUAACAUAUUUGAUAGAAAUUUUCUAGUGAUAAAGGUUCAAUCUUGCAUUCUAAA